CACAGCGCGCGAGACCAUCACCAGAUCGAAGCGUGCACCCAUUGGUAAUCCGCAAGAGACGUGUGGGUAUAUAGUAAAUCGUCGCCCGUACGUGACGUGACGAUCGAUGAGGGUCGUCGGGGCUGCAAAGCCGGCGAGGAUGUCUUCCAUGGAGCGGGAGCCCAAGACGCUCUCCCUCGGCGAGCUCAAUUACGCCAGGGAAGCAGCGCUGUACGUGCUGACCACGCGCUCCUCGCAGGACGCAGCCCGAAUCUUCACCGAGGGUCUGAAGCCGGUGCUCGGCGUCAGGAGGAACUCCACGGACUCUGACUCGGACGAUGACGAGGAAGGGGACGUGUUUGAUCCGGACCUGCUCGUCGACGAUGUCGACGUGCGCCGUAAUCGCCGGAUGCGUGGGCGCAUCGCCAAGAAACGAGACUUUGCUACAGCACCCUUCUAAUUACCUUCACAUCCCUAUCGAAAAAGCUACCAUCACAUCCAUGUAAAACGGGGGUCUACAGUUUUGCCUGUUCAUAGAGCUUUUCUUGUAACGUAGUAUUAGCGAGUUCUGUUGCAGCAGUAGAUCUUUCUUUUUUUUUGGACCGAAGACCAUAGAACAAUAGUUCUACCGUAACUUUCAUUCAAAUAAAGCAAGUUUAUGUACAGCCAAAAGAAAAAAAAUAAAAACAGAAGCCACCUAUCUAAUACCAGCUCUAGGUAUAUCCAUGAAGAAUUAAGCUAGCUUAUCUGUAAUCCAGUCCUUCAAUGCAUCUCUGUGUUCUCUCA